AUGGAGAAAGACGAGUCGAAAGAGAAGGGUGCGGACCUGGAAGAGAAAGAUGCUGCCCUUAUUGAGUUCUACAGCUCCUUCAAGGACCUGUUUGAGUUCUUCUGCCUCAACACCACCAUCCAUGGAACCAUCCGCCUGGUCUGCUCCAGCCGCAACAAGAUGAAGACCGCCUUCUGGGCGCUCCUCUUCCUUGCCAGCUUCGCCAUGUUGUACUGGCAGUUUGCGCUCAUCUUCAAUGAAUACUGGGCCUAUCCUGUGGUCAUGUCUCUUUCCGUUCACUCGGAGCCAAAGAUGUUCCCCGCUGUCACCAUAUGCAACUUGAAUCCCUACAGGGUCCAUGUUGUCCAAAAAGACAUGGCUGAGUUGGAUGCUUUGGCAAGGGAAACACUCUAUAAUUUGUAUGGCUUCUACUUUCCGGAAAGAUUCCCAGAAGACAAUGCAAGUGUCCCCAUGGAGGUCUGGUUGGACGAAAACCCCAACACCGUCAACAGCUCCAGUUUUCAAUUGGAUCGCAACAUUGCUCUGGUGAAGAUGAAUGGGAAAGUGGGCUUCCGGAUGUGCAACGCAACUGGUGAAGAGUGCUACACCAAAGUCUAUUCCUCUGGGGUGGAUGCUGUCCAGGAGUGGUACCGUUUCCACUACAUGAACAUCAUGUCCCAGGUCCCACCCAUUCUUGAUAUCUCUCACCGUGAGGACAGCAUCAAAGAAUUGGUCUAUGCUUGCCAGUAUGACGGUGAACCUUGCCAAGCCAGCGAUACUGAACACUUCCACCAUCCAGUCUAUGGAAGCUGCUACACUUUUAACAGUAAUGGGACGGAUGAGUUCUGGAAAGCGUACAAGCCGGGGAUUGUUUAUGGUCUGUCCCUUCUCCUCAAAGUAGAGCAGGAGGACCACAUCCCUUUGCUGUCGACCGUAGCGGGCGUGAAAGUGAUGAUCCACAACCACAACCAGACGCCGUUCCUGGAACAUGAAGGAUUUGAUGUCCGACCUGGGAUUGAAAGCUCCAUAGGAAUCGAACAGAACGAGGUGAAUCGCUUGGGCGGAAAUUACGGCGAUUGUACUGAGAACGCGGAGGACGUGAACAUCAAACUCAUCUACAACAGCAGUUACACGAUGCAGGCCUGUUUGCAUUCCUGCUUCCAACACCAGAUGAUUGAACAGUGUGGCUGCGGAUACUACUACUACCCACUGCCUUCUGAGGCAGAGUACUGCAAUUAUAAUAAGCAUCCUACCUGGGGUCACUGCUUCUAUCUGCUGUAUAAUCAGUUGAUCAACCACAAUCUCAGCUGCUUCGAUGAGUGCCCCAAGCCAUGCAAGGAGGCGUGGUACAAACUUUCCGCAGGCUAUGCCAAGUGGCCCUCAAGCCAGUCGGAGGGAUGGAUCCACAAGGUUUUGCAAGCGCAAACCGGUUACAACACAACUGGCACCAGGAACGAUAUUGCCAAGGUGAACGUUUUCUUUGAGAGACUUGACUACAACUCAUGGGACGAAUCUCCCGAAUACAAUGUAACCCUGGUAAUGUCCAGCAUGGGAAGCCAGUGGAGUCUGUGGUUUGGGUCUUCAGUGCUGUCUGUAGUGGAGAUGUUUGAGUUCCUCGUGGACACGGUCAUCUUAUCUCUCAUUUUCUUCUACCGGCGUCUGACAGCCAAGAAAUCCCACAAAAUACCGCACUCUCCUAUUGUACCAAGUGUGAGUUUGACGCUGGAGAAAUAUCGAUAUGUAGAGGAAGGCCUGGUCACUAACCAAAACAUGGGGAAGGCUCACGCCAAUAAUGGCAACAUCCUUCCUCAAAAUGAAAGGCUCCCUUCGUAUUCAAAAUAUAACAACUACCAAAUGCCAGGACUGUACCCAGGUAUGGAACUUCAUGGGUUUAAGCCUGAAAAGGAACGCUGUAUCAAUAUUGGCCCCAACAGCUAAUAAGGUCCAAAGAGGCUAGCAAAGUAUCUGAUGGUGUGCCAACCAUCAUGACCUUGCAAUGCAGGCUUCUUAAGGAAGGUUGGUGUCGGGGGGAUUGUAGCUAACAAAAGACAUUGUGACCAGUGGUGUUGCUAAGGUUGGUGUCACCCCAGUGCAGCUGAUGGUGUCACCCCCAUGGUUGCACCCUUCUCCAGCCAGAAGAUGGGAAACAGCCAUUGGAGAGCCCAUAGACAUGCAUGUGGUGCCAUAUAAUCCCCUAGCAAUGCUCCGCUUCUCCUUCUGCAAGACCAUGUGAAGCCCACAAGAAAAUCCCCUCUCCACACAUUCUUGUCUUGCUGCAGUGCCGCUACUUGCCAAGUGCCUACCUUGGGGUUACAUGGGCAAGAAGGGUGGGCAUGGUGGACAAUCCUCCUCUUCCUCCUCUUUUGGAGCAAGAGCAACCGUGGUGGAAGUUGGUGGAACAAAGGCGAUGGCGGCCAACACAGAGGCACUGCAGCAUUUGCUACUGACCAGGAUGAGGUUUCCUUGGGACACUACCACUGCCUCCUUAACAAUAUCGCCACUUCUGAGGAGUGGCACCCAGUGCGCUGUGCACCUCCUGCACCCCCUAGUGAUGGUGUGACCUCCCACUCCUGAACCACAAGACUGAUCGGAACUGAAAUCCGAUGGGGAGCUACAGUCUGUUACUUUCUGUUUUUCAAGCUGCUUCGGACUUGUCCUCAGACAACCAAAAUGGCAUGAAGUGGUGGAAGGUUGGGCUUUGACUGUAAUAACAAUGACAUGGCUUAAGGAGAUCCAAUAUUCACCCACCUCUUGCACCCAGGGCUGCAUCCAAACGGAACUUAGCCAGCCAGUUGUGAUGUUGCAUCCAGAUUGCUUCCUGGACUGACUUGAAAACCUCUUCUCGUUGUAUUAUAUUUGCACUGGGGCUAAAGCGGUCUCAUUUUCAAACAUAUCUGACCUGUAGCCUCCUUUCAAGAAUCGCAAACUGUGUUCCCUUGCAAAGUCUGCGGCUUCUGAGGUAGGAGAGAGUCUGGAUGGUGUCCAGUUCUUUCUCUCUCUCUUUGUAAAGAAAGGUGUUCUCAGCUUUCCGUGGAAAGCCUCCUGAAGAAACCAGAUCCAGCUGGGCACCCCCGGGCAAGCAGAUUGGACCGUCAACAUUUCACAGAUGUCUCCGAGUUAAAUGUUAAACCAUCCACACACAAAUGUCUAAUCAGACCUUUACAAGCGUUAUGUUCCCUGCCGGGAUCGGAGGAAGAUGUGCGAUAACACUUGACCGCAACUAAUUGGUAAUGUCCAGGGCAACGUCUUUUGUUUGGAAGUGAGCACGGUUCUGUUUGCCCUCCCUCAUAAAAACCCGUGGCGAGGAGUGUGUGUUUUUAAGCGCCGCUUGUGUUGUUCCUCUUUCAAACUGUGAAGUUCGCAAUUUAUUUAUACAGCUCUCUUAAGCAGAGAGGCAAAAGUACAAAAUGGUAGCCAGCAUGAGGCAGCAGAUAGACUGGGCAUAAAGGGCACUAGUCAUUUCUUUGGACUGUCUUGGAUGGGCACCCUGUGCCAACAAGAAGGAAAUAAGGACAUGAGCAACAGAAGCGUCUACAAUUGGCUGGCAGUACAAAUUGGGCUGGAUUUCACUUUUAAAUUCUAUUUUUCCUCUUGUGAAUUGGUCAAAUAUCCUUGCAAACGAUGGCUGAGAGCCUAGAACAGCCCAAACCAAUGUCACCAAUUCUUACUUACCAGUCAUCAGCCACUGUGAGCGAUGGAGGUCUGUUCUUCUGCCUAUCAAGACACAACAGACUGGCAUUUCUAUCCUGGUCCUGCCAGUGAUUUCAGGUGUGACAGUCAGAAGCAGGAUCCUUGUCCAAGUUGCACCAGUGGGAAGGACACAUCAGUCCGCUGCAUCCUGAUCAUAGAAUCAUAGAAUCAUUGGGUUGGAUGAGACCCCAAGGGCCGUCCAGUCCAGCCCCAUUCUGCCAUGCAGGAACUCUCAGUCAAAGCAUCCCUGACAGAUGGCUAUCUAGCCUCUGAUCAACAGGAGAAUAAACCUCCAUUGCUCACAAGGGCUGGCGGCCAUUAAGGGACGAUUGCGGGACUUUUAUCAACAUUGCAAUAGUGCCACAAUCAUGAAUUCCUAAGAAUAUGAAUGAAUGGGUGUGUAACACCAGGAUGCAUAUCUGCAACUGCAAUAAUGAAUUCCAGCCUAUACAUAUUCAUUUCUUUAUGGGCUGCCAUCCUGUCUUGGGUGACAGAUCUCUGGCAAUAGUCAUGAUAAAUCUCCUGGUGCAACCACUUCACCUUUUCAGUGUGGCAGCAACUCCCAAGAUUGCCAUUUCUGUAUUGAUAGAGAGCAAAGGAAGCAGCAGUGAUGUGCCCAGCAUUUUUCUUUUAGUUAGACACACUGUGAGAGGCAUCCUCUGAGACUUUCUGGGUCCUUCAGGAGUCGCUGGGGAUGAUACCAUUGCUGUGGAAAGGAACAUGGCUGGAUGUCUAUCUGCUGCUCCCCUGAGUCUUCACUGACAUGGGCAUGGCCGCCUUCGGGGAGGUUGCUGCACUUUAAAAGGGGAGUAUUUUUGUCAUUGUGCAGCCAGAACAGAAUCCCACCAUCUGCAACCACUGCAAAAGAAGGUCGCAAUGGCUUAGAUUGGCGUUAUGCCACAGUAACUCACUCCCAGGAUGCCAAGCAAGCUGGCACUCCUCACCCUCCCUUAUGAAAGGGCGCAACACCCAGCUGUUCCUGUAACUAAGUAUUGUUAUUAUUUCGAACAAACUGCACAUACAUGUGUGAAUUUUUGCCAGGGAUAUCAGAAUAGGAGGACGUUUGCUCACAUGUCCUCCUAAAUGUGUCUCCAUUGUACUCUGUAAACUGCCUUGCUACACAUAUGCUAGACUCCAGAAGGUAUCUCCCUGCACCUUAGCUAAGAAAUAGGAGGAAAGAAAAGCCACUAAGGGCUUUGUAGGGAGCGGAGGGGUAUAAUGCACUUUAUAUAUUCGGGGUCCGGUCAGAGGUGCCUGUUCAUCUCUUGAUGGCUGCCACAUGAAAUGGUGACUUACAGUACCAUAGCAGUGAGCCAUGGCAGUUCAAGUGGUGCCAAAUCCGGUUACGUAUUUCUGCAGUGCGGAUGCAGCCUGAGCCUACUCUGCAUGGACAGCUUGCUAAGCAUUGGUUGUGGAGGGCUGGAAAACACAUAUAGAAGGCCAACAAAGUGGAAUGUCUUGGGCUGUCUGGCUGGAACCCUGGUCAGAACAUUUUCUUGCUGGUCCCAAUUCUUUCUCCCGCUGUCACCCGAAGCCCAAUGUAUUUUCAGUUGAGCAUUGGGCUUCAGUUAAAAUGAGAAGAACUAAUCAUCAUUACUUCUUGCAAAAUUGAGUUUUAGGAACAACAGGUCUCAGAAUCCCCCAACCGCCAGUGAUCCUGGAACUCUAAUCCAAAGAGUUAGCUUUUCCUAGCUGUGAUUCUUCCGCCAGCCAGCUAGCAAGUGAUGAACAUGCCUAUCUGACCAAACCCAAGUAGCAUUUUCAGGAGGGAGAAACCAUGAGAACUGUAUUGUUUUUCAUUCUAAAAGAUGUAUUAUGUUUUGGGGUAACGUGACUUCUGUCUCAGAGGUGCAGUCAUUCCAUCCUGGGUUUAUUCCAGCCUUUAAAGAGCCCUAUCCUCCCAAAAUAGGUUCAGUGCCUUGAGUAAGGCCUUUCGUGUUUGGAGGAAAACUCAAGAUGGAUUCACUGAGCCCCUGAACCCGAAGCCCCCGUUUCUGCUGCUGUGUUCCUUCCGCCCAUUUGUUCUUGUUGUUAGUAUUCUGCUACUUGUACUAUGAUGAUGAAGUAUGGAUGCAAUGACAAUAUGAACAUUUGACUGUAAUUUAUUUGGAAUGUGUGCUUGUACGAGAGGGAAAUAAAUAAAUAUAGA